GCAGCUGCGUUGCGACAGAGACGGAGAAUUCGAACGACAUGAGUGUAGAAAAUAAUCAUACGGCAGAAACAGAGCGAGAGCAAACGACGAACGGCAGCGAGACGAUCACCAUCCAGACGACCCUGGGAGAUGAAGAUGAAGAUGUGCACAAGUGCGGACGCUGUCAGUCUGAGUUUUGCACUCUGGAGGCUUUCAUCCAGCACAAGCUGCAGCAGAACUGCAGACGUGUGGAGGCAAGGGAGGCGAGCAGCCAGGACGCCAUUCAAGAGGUUACUGCAGCCAAUGGGAGUUCUUCUUCAGAGGUGAAAACAAAUGACUGUGCAUCUUCAGAUGAUCCAUUGAAGACUACUAAUGACCCGCUAGGUCGAGGUCGCAGGAAGAAAACACUCAAAGUCAAUGACCACUCAGAUGGGACUGAGGAAUCCGUAUCUGACAAUGCUGACAGUGACAACAAACCUAUAUACAAAGUGACCCAAGAGGGACGCUACAUUUGCCAACUUUGUGACAAGACGUUCAAAACAACCAACAUCUUGAGAACUCACAUGAAAACUCACAGUGACCAAAAGAACUUCUCAUGUGACCUAUGUGGGACCAUGUUUCGCACAAAAGGCUCCCUGAUUCGUCACAACCGUCGUCACACUGAUGAGCGGCCAUAUCGCUGUACCCUAUGUGGCCAGUCCUUCAGAGAGUCAGGUGCCCUCACCAGACACCUCAAGGCCCUCACACCCUGCACAGAAAAGAUCCGCUUUGUUCAGUACAAGGAGAUCUUGGUCAGCAAAGAUGGAAUACAAAAAGGAGUCGAUGAUCAGGUUGCAAUGGCUGCUCAGCAGCAUGAGGUGGUGGUUGUGGAACAACAGCCAGCGGAGCAGGAGAUGGUAGAAGCUCAGGCUGCUGUCGUCAGUGUGGUAGAGACUGGUUCCCAGGAGGUUCUCCAUCAGGUUCACUUCACAAUGGAGGUGAAUGGAACAACACAGGAGCAACAGGUUGUAGUAGAGCAGUCUCAGGCAGAAGCCCUGGCUGCUGCUGCAGCAGCAGGCGACAACCUCAUCUGCCAAGCUAUCAUCAACUCUGGCAUUGCACUGGGGACAGAGGAAGCCAUUGUUGAGGAGACCUCACAGGAAACUGAGGAAACUGAGGAAAUUGAGGGAAUUGAUAAAGUGGUUUCUGACUGUCCUGAUGUUGAUGAGAACAUCACUGAGAUCCAGGUGAAAGAAGAGUUUGUGGAGAUGGAGACGGAGGAAGCAGGUGAAGCAGCUGAUCAAAUAUCCUUCAAAUUGUACACAUGUCCACACUGUAAUCGCUCCUUCAAGGGACUGAAUUACUUUCGCUUUCAUGUCAAGGGCCACUUGGGUUACAAGCCCUUCAAGUGCACACUAUGCCAUAAGGAGUUUCUGACUGGUUACCUGCUGAAGAAACACAUGGAAGUCCAUGUCAGUGAGAGGAGGUACAAGUGUGGUGAGUGUGGCAAGCUGUACAAAACCAUCGGGCAUGUACGAGAGCACAUGAGAGCCCACUCGGAUGAGAGACCCUACCGCUGUGCCAGAUGCAACAAGGGAUAUAAGACCAAGAAUGCCUUGCAGGUGCAUCAGCGGACCCACGGUGAAGAUAAACCUUAUGUGUGUCAGUUCUGCCUGAGAGGCUUCAGGGAGAAAGGUUCACUGGUGCGACACAUCCGCCAUCACACCGGGGAGAAGCCCUUCAAGUGCUCAAAGUGUGGGCGAGGCUUUGCUGAGCACGGGACUCUCAAUCGACAUAUGCGUGCGAAAGGAGGCUGCCUGAAAGAUGAUUGCAGUGAGCAGCAGGAUGUGGAAACAGAGGAGAAGGAGUCAGAUGACAGCCUCGCCACAGCAGCCAUCAUCUCAGAGGAUCCUCAUGCCGUCCUGGUGGAGUUCUCCUCAGUGGUGGCAGACACACAGGAGUACAUCAUCAAGACUCAAACAGAGGAGGAGGUGCAGGAGGAGGAGGUCACACUCAUUCAAGACAGCCAAAAUGAGAUGGGAAACCAAAUCAUGAAAGUGGUGCAGCAAAUUGUCAGCCAGUCACAUGGCGCUGGCGGCACCGGCAGCCACCAGAUCAUUGUGCGCAAUAUGGCGAUGAACGAGGAGAGCGCAUCCAUCUCUGACUGUGGUGACACAAUCACCAUCGCUACACCCGAGAGCCUGACGGAGCAGGUGGCCAUGACGCUGGCCUCCGCCAUCAGUGACGGCACGCUACUGGCCACGGCUGGCACCGUGGAGACGGCAGAAGGAACAGUUACUAUGGUUACCACAGAGGAAACGGUGGAUGAGGGAAUGCAGAUGGUGCAGCAAGAGGAAUAUGUCAUCACCUCCCCGGAGGAGGUGGAGAUUCAGACGGUCAUUGUAUGAUCAAAGAGAAUACUAACUAUGGACUGAUGAAUUUCGCAGGACUGAACUUGUGACUGAUAACUGUAGAGUUUAUAUGAGCCUCGUUUGAGAUUUGACUACAAAAAAAAGGCCAAAGUGUUUAUAUGGUUUAUAGUUCCAGAAAUAGACAAAGACAUUUCUGUGUGGAACAUAAAGACUGAGUGUGCAUGGGGACUAGUUCUUUCAUUUGUUAAUCUUCUGUUGAUUGAUUUACUAAAAUGAAGCACUCUAGCAAGAGUAUGGUAGAUUUAUAACCUAAAAGCUCAGUAUUUCAAACUCUUUUCCAAUGUAGCUAGCAGCACUAGCUCCAAAAGUCGCUAAAUCUAGAGAGAAAGUCACCAAGUCUGCAGGUAGGUGGGCCAUUUAAUUAGUUCAUUUGGGAUGAAUUAAACGAUUGGAUAGGCGUAUUACAGACCAUUUGAUUUAUUGGUUGAUGACAGGGUAUAAAAAGAAUUUCAACAAAUAUAACAAAAAACGAUUACCAACCUUAACUUUGAGCUCACAAGAUUCAUUUUCAUUUCGAAGGCCUAACCCGAUGCAUAUUUCCUUAAGGUGGUACAAACUAAACAUAUGUGUUGUAGCCUGAUAUCGGUUCUUUGCUGCAGUCAAAAGUGAUUUUUUUUACUACCUAACAUGGCAUCAUUUCAUCGCAGUUUUCACCUCUGCAAAUUUUUUGAAGUUUUCAUUCUCGACUUGAAAUUGGAUGCCAUUUCAAAUACCGUCCGAUCCAAAAACUGUGUGUUUGUGCCUGCCUGUUUAAGGCCAUUCCAGGAGAGUAUAAACUUCCCAUGGUACAGUGUUUGAUCAUAAUGCAUAUUUAAGCAUGACAGAUACCCCAGACAUUAAUGGUCAGUUUACUAAAGCAGUGUUUACAUCAAAUAAAUCCUAU